AUGGCCAAAACCUACAAACGAAAACGAGAGCAGAGACGACCGGAAGAACGGGACGAACGGGAGCAAACCCAACUGGAGAAGCGAGAGGAGGGACGAGGACGUCGCAUCAGAAUGCACAGGAACGACGCGAGUCCGUCUCGCUCAGCUAUCUUUCCUGAUCAUGAACCCAUCGGGUCCGAAGAAGAUUUCAACGAGCAAACCUACGUUGGUAGUAGUACUAGUGGCACGUCUGAUGGCGCAUGUCCCUCGUCUUCAUUGCCUGGCCAAGUCUUCAUCGCUGUUCUUUGCUCUUUCCACGGCACGCCAGCAGUAAUACUGGUAUCCAUCAAAGAGGAGCGCGGAACUCCGGAUCCUGCUCUCACUGCCGACGCUCUUCAAAACAUUGCUUUUUUCAUCUCUUGA